AUGGAGCGCCCCGCGGCCUUCGCCGACAUCUCGGACCAGCACGGCGUCUGUCCCAAGAACACGUUUGUGAGCAAGCGCAUGCGCAUCCAGCUGCGGCACGUGGGCUGGAUGAACAUCGUCCUCCUCGUGCCAGCGAUCCUCUUCAACAUGUACAGCUACGACUACUACACGGGCGACAACGACGGCCUUGCUGCCUGCCUCAUGUACAAUGACGUGCGCGUCAUCGUGCGUGUCAUUCUCUGGGCGACGAGCGCCAUCUUGUUCCUGCCGACGACGGGCCUCAAGCCGUUCAAGCUCUACCGCGUCCGGUACGAAUCACUCACGUCGCGUCUCUGCCAGCGCCUCCACGCUCUGUCGACGCCGCCGACCAAACCGCCGACCAAACCGCCGACCGCGCGCCCGUACGUCGUGCGCACCAACUUUCUCCGCCUCUGCGAGGUCACGGCGCUCUGCCAGAUCGCGCUGCUCGCAUUCACGAUGGUGUACAUUCCGCUUGGCAUGUUUGAAGGCUCGUGGACGUGGAACUGCUACGCUGCGCUGCCGCGGGGUCUUGUGUACAUCCUCCACGCCUCGUCGUUCAUCUUGUCGAUCUGGGCGUACCUCGUGACUUGGGACUUUCUGGUUAUGUUUCAUCAGCUGCGCACGCACCUCCUCUUCCAGCACUGCGUCUUUGGCGACGCGCAGCGCGCCCGCGACGGUCCGUUUGGGCGGUCGCCCAAGGAGGUGCUGCGCCACUGCAUGUGGAUGGCGAUCCGCGACCAGAACCUCGACGCGCUCAAGCUCGCUGUGGCGCGCGCCAAGGAGCUAGACCCAACGUUUGCAAAGACGUGGUUUUGCGGCGCCAAGAUCCGCUGCAUCAAGUACUUUGCGCGGUCGCAGCACAACCCGCUACACUUUGCCAUCAAAACGCGCCAAGCCGCCGCCGUGACCUUCCUCCUCGAGUCGGGCUUUGACCCGAACGCGCUUGAGAAGGUCCAAGUGGCCGAGUUUGGCCUCCGCAACAUCUACCAGGACGUGUUUUACUUCUUCUCGCACAGCCACCGCGAACCGCCGAGCUUGUACGGUCCACGCGGUUGGUUCAAGCACACGCUGCUGUCGCCGCUGCACGUCGCCGUCAUCCGCAGCGACCACCAGCUCGUGACCGACCUCUUGGUCGCCGGCGCGGACCCGAACGUAUCAGCGCAGUCGUCGAGCGCCAUGUACGCGACGCCACCGCUCUUCUGGGCCACCAACGUCGAUGUGACGCGUACGCUGCUCGAGCACGGCGCCAACCAACUGUUUGUGCCCAAAUACGGCUUCUACAUGACCGCGUACGAAGACGCGGUGAUCCAAGGACGCCACGCGAUCGUUCGGCUGCUCGAGAGCUGGGGCGGCGACAUUGCGCUCACGCCGCUCCACGACGCCGCCGCGCAGGGCGAAGCCGAGCGCAUGGAUCCGUUUCUGUCGCCCGUCUCGGUCAACACGCUCGGCGAGCAGUCCAACGGGUUGUUUCGCCGGACGCCGCUGCACUGGGCGGCCAUCCGCGGCCAAGUGGAGACCGCGCGUGUGCUCUUGGAAAACGGCGCAAGCGUCAACGCGUUCGACACGUGGGGGCGCACGCCUCUGAUGUGGGCGUGCUACCUCAACCACGCACCACUCGUCGAGGAGCUUUUGGUCAAUUGGCACGCGGACCCGAGUGUCGUCGACUACCUCGGUCAGUCGAUUCCAUGUCUCUGCGCCAGUCGCGACGGUAGUUUCUUGGAAUACUCUUGCAUUGGCGACUCCGGCGAUAGGAAUUGAUACCGCAAUCUUUCGA